GAUCCAAAAUGCUACAAACCAUCUGACGCAACACUAAACUCAACGGCGUGGUUUGUAAACCACAUUGGUAUAUUUAUAACUUUUCUGAGUCUGGACGAUCUCUACUCUUUCGGUUCUGAGAGGACGAUAAAAACCUUCACUGUGAACCCUGAAAACUUAAAACUGUUCAAUCAAAAGACACUUCCAAAGAAUGUGCUCAGCCGCUACACUGAACUCGUCUUUCUGCAAAACCCCAGCUUUAGUUUGUUUGACUUGCCUUCAGUUUUGCAGUGCGAUGCCCCAGUAUCAACCUUUACAGCACUAAACGAGAGUCAAACUAAUACUAUUCUUUUAAACUUUAAGUCGUCUUGCUCCAAUGUGGAUCCUGCAAUAUCUACAGCCCUUGCGGGAAACAUUAAAACCAUAGAUGCUAGUGCUAUUAGCAACUUGGGAAAUGAAGUCGUUGGCUUAACAACUGUACAAUUGAACUCAGCACCUCCAUCGGUUCUUCUCAGUGGGCUCUCAACACUGAGCAAUGUGUCUGGAUGGAGCUUUGGACAAGCCCAGGCAAUCAUAAAAGUGCUUCUCAGUGGAUCAUUCAAGUUCAACAGUUCCAGCAGCUUGCUGAAUAUUGGAUCCCUGAUUGGCGGGAUCCCUUCAACAGAACUGACAUCAAUUCCGCCGGAAGAAAUUCUUAAAACAUCUAAAAACAUUGAAUUUGUAAAAAACAUACUGAGUGCCCCAUAUAUUGUUCAGAAUACCUUUGUGACCAAGAUACUCCAAGUGAAUUCGACGCCAGCUGAACUAAUGGCAAACAUUCCCGAUGACAUGGCUGUUCAGAUUCCAAGAAACUUUGUGAAUAUUCCCUCCACUUUAGAUGCAACAGUUGUGAGAAAGUUUAACAAUAAAAAAUGGAAACCUGAACAGGCAGUUCUGUUCUUUGAUACUGUUGUGGAUGCUUUUGAAAAACCUGAUGACCUGUCAGUGGACGUUUUGCAAGGAUUUACAUGCUCCCGUAUACAGAAAUACUCCCAAGGUAAAACCAGAGGCCUGAUCAACGCCUGUCGACGGAGAGCAAACAGACCUAAGGUGGUACUGAGCGAGACUCAGCUUACUUGCAUGUACAACCGUAUUAGAGAUGAAUCGAUUGUGGAUUUUACCAACUACCCUCCUGAUAUGUUGCUGUACUACAAUUAUGAAACAAUCAACAAAAGCUUCUGCAAGGCAUAUUUUGCUGAGGUCGGAGCAGCAGAUCUCUCAAUCUUUUCAAGCACACUGAGUGGAAGAAGGGACAUCUUGUGGAGAAAUGCUUUAGAUUGCUUUGGCAUUACAGGAAAAAGCAUCCAGAAACAGGAUUUGGCAGUGCUGGGCAACUUGGUUUGUGCUGCGAACCCUGAAUUCAUUACAAAUUCAGACCCAGAAAUCCUUGAGAACUUGAAGAACUGCAAUGAUCUCUCAAAUCUGCAAAUAUCAGCAAUGGAAGCUGUUCUUAAUAAGGGAACCUCAAAAUAUGGGCAAGUUAUCAGUUGGAAUCAGAAAACGCUUAGUGAUCUGGGAAUUCUGCCCUUGUACUUCUCCCAAGGAUUUUGGGGAUCAUUCGCACAGAAUGAUUUGAGCAAGUUCUUCAAAACCUUCUUUAAAUUCGUGCGUGUACGAAACACACCAAAACCUCAAAUGAAAAGGCUGUUUCAAGCAAUCAUUCUACCUGUAAGAGCCAAGAGAGCGGCGGUUGCCUGUACCAAGGGCAACAUCUCUAGUACUAUCAUCAGCGAUGACGCCUUCCCCUUUGGAUAUGAUGAGUCGCAGUUCAGAAACUGUCUGGAUGCUACUGUAGUGAGGGACAACCUCGCUAGCCUGUGUGAAAAGAUUGAGAUUAGCGCCUUCCAGAGAAUCAUUCUGGACAAACUCAAUGAGAUAUCGUCAAAUGGCCUUUCAGAGGAUCAGGUCCAGGUGCUGAAGUUAGUGUCCAGGAACGCAACAUUGGAUGAAAUAAGCAAAUGGAACAUCACUAAAGUUGACACACUGGCUGCCCUUAUGAAUGCCAACGAUGGCGAAUGGUCCUCUGCACAGAGCAAACAAAUCAUUACCAAAUAUCUAAGCGCUAACAAUAAUCUGACUUCCACUGAGCUGAAUGUAGUGAAAGGACCAAAUCUCUGCUCUCUGAAUGCCAGCACAUUGUCAACAAUAUUGCCUGAAAGCAUACGGCAGGCCGAUGCUUUGGCUGUGUCUAAAUGUUCAUCUGGCAACAAGAACGCCCUCUUCACCAUUGCUAACAAAGCAUUUCCCAUAACAGCUGUAAACGAGAACUUGUGUUAUCUAGCAGACCCGGGCAGCAGCUUCACUGAGGAUGCCCCCAGACCCCCGGUCCCUGGGGAGGAGGGCGAUCUGGUGUCCAGCGAUGGACGGCCACAGUACAGCCACAGUUUUUACUCCUCCAAGAGCGAGAGCCUCAAGAACGAGGCCCCCAUAGCUACACCCAGAAGACCCGACCUGGAUCUGGGCUACGAGCCAGAGGGUAGCGCUUCCCCGACGCCGCCCUACCUGAAGUGGGCCGAGUCCUUGCACUCGCUUUUGGACGACCAAGACGGCAUCCACCUGUUCAGGACUUUCCUCAAACAGGAGGAGUGCGCCGACAUGCUGGACUUCUGGUUCGCCUGCAGCGGCUUCCGCAAGCAGGAGAACAACGAAGGCAACGAGAAGAUGCUGAAACUCGCGAAAGCCAUUUACAAAAAGUACAUCCUGGAUAACAACGGGAUCGUGUCGAGGCAGAUCAAACCCGCCACCAAGAGCUUCAUCAAAGACUGCGUGAUGAAGCUUCACAUCGAUCCCGCCAUGUUCGACCAGGCUCAAACCGAAAUUCAGACUAUGAUGGAGGAAAACACCUACCCUUUGUUUUUGAAGUCCGACAUAUACUUGGAAUACACUAGGACGGGCGGAGAGAGUCCCAAACUGUUCAGUGACCAGAGCUCGGUGUCAGGGAAUGGCAAAAUUCUGCCGGGCUACUUGCCAACUGUGAAAGAAGACGAGGAGUGGAGGUGCGACCAGGAGCAGGAGCAGAACUCUGAAAGCGACCCCACUCCCAGCAACAGGCUGACCCAGAAGCUUCUCAUGGAAACCGUGCCUCAGCGGGUGGCCAGCAGUAAAAGAUAUCAGGACAACCGUGAGUACAGACACGCGUCAUGGAGGGAGCCAGUCAAUCCGUACUACGUGAACACCGGCUAUGCGCUGGCUCCUGCCACCAGUGCCAAUGACAGCGAGCAGCAGAGCAUGUCCAGUGAUGCAGACACUCUCUCCCUGACCGACAGCAGUGUAGAUGGGGUCCCACCUUAUAGGUAUCGUAAACCGCAUCGACGUGAGAUACACGAAAGUGCCAAAGUUAAUGGGCGAGUGCCACUACCUCAUAUUCCUCGCACUAACCGGAUACCAAAGGAUAUUCACGUUGAGCCGGAGAAGUUUGCGGCGGAGCUGAUCAGCAGGCUGGAGGGGGUGCUGAGGGAACGCGAGGCACAAGAAAAACUGGAGGAGCGGCUCAAGAGGGUUCGACUGGAAGAAGAAGGUGACGAUGCAGACGUCUCCACCGCUCCCUCCCUGGCCAAUCACAGGGUUCCUCCUGCGGUCCACAUGCAGCAUUAUGGCGGUCGCUACUCUGAAACGAGCUACAACGGGCUGCAGCUACGGGAUGCACACGAGGAAAACCCCGAGAGCAUCCUGGAUGAACAUGUGCAGCGUGUCAUGAAAACCCCCGGCUGUCAAUCUCCAGGCACGGGCCGCCACUCUCCAAAGUCCCGCUCCCCAGACGGGCUGCCGGCGGGCAAGAUUCCCGGGCUUAUAAUGCCACUGUCUGGUGGCCAAGGCAAGCACCAGGCUCGGCUGGGCCCGAAGGGUGAGGCGGCGCACCUGCACCAUCACAAACACGUUUACCACACACACUAUGCCGCGGGGGGAAAGCCCAAAGAACAGGUGGAGGCGGAAGCCACGAAGAUGCACGGGAGCUUAGCCUGGAACACGGAGCAACACCACUAUGGAUCCAAGUCACGCAACUAUGCAGAUGGAAUGAGCGUCGGUCCCAACGGCAUGGACCCCAUGGGUUACGGCAGUAAAGGCAGCACUCUGUCAAAGCGGCCGGUCAGAAAAGGGGAAGAUGGUCGAAACUAUGAGAUGCGAGAGCCCUUGCCCCUGGAUGAUAUGGAGAGGAACCAGAAGAUACUGCAGUGGAUGAUGGAGGGUGAGAAGGAAGCUGGACGCUAUAAGAGGAGCCCUUACGGCAGCAUCUCCGGCUCCAAGAAAGCUCCGAGUCACGAGGUGUCGAGGCCCAGUUCGGUGGAGCGGCCGGGGGCUGUGCACCCUUGGGUGACCGCUCAGCUCCGCAACAGCGUGCAGCCCUCCCAUCCCUUCAUCCAGGACCCAACCAUGCCCCCCAACCCAGCCCCCAACCCCCUCACACAGCUGGAAGAGGCACGCAGGCGGCUUGAGGAAGAGAGGAGGAAGUCUGGAACGCUGCAGGCCAAGCAGAGGUAUGUGAUGGAGGUGAUCCAGAGGGGUCGCACCGUUGUCAGGCCCGCUCUGUUUCCCACGCUCAGUGUGGUGCCCGCCGUCUCCGACACGGAGCUCUCCGAGUCAGAGCAUAAGAAUACGAAGAAGCAGCCCUGUGAGAACAUCACCGUGGCCUAUUACUUCUGCGGAGAGCCCAUCCCGUACAGGACGUCCGUCAAAGGGAGGAUCGUCACUCUGGGACAGUUCAAGGAGCUGCUUACCAAGAAAGGGAGCUACAGGUAUUAUUUCAAGAAAGUGAGCGACGAGUUCGACUGCGGAGUGGUGUUCGAGGAGGUACGCGAAGACGACGCCAUCCUGCCCAUCUUCGAGGAGAAGAUCAUCGGGAAAGUCGAGAAGAUCGACUGAGACGGGAAGAGAGGGAAUCGGUCUGCAGGGGAGCAAGCAGCAGCAUGUGGAGAACGAGAGGGAGCUGCGAGCAGGUGCUGAGAUUGGUACAGCGAACGUGGACGUGCGGGAGAGCGAGAGGUGCGGAAACGGGGAAGGUUGCUGUGGAAAGUACACUAUUUACUCCGAGGCUUCUACCUCUGCACAAACGGCUUUUAAAGUCAAGUCGAACAGCUGCUCAGUGCUCAAGAUCACUGCGUUGUGCACAGAGAGCCCUUGGACUCACAGAGACGAAAGCGCGAGGCCGCGUUCUCUCACUUUUGCUAUAUUUCUAACUCUGACAAAUGUAAUGUAGCAAUGUAAAGUUAGCCUAGAAAAAAAGUACUAUGAGAAUAUGUUUACUAAAGCUGCAUAUUUUUGAUAUGACGUAUCAGAAGGAACAUAUCCUUUCUAAUUUAACAACUCUUGUAAUUUUAUAUGUACUGGUACCAGAUAUGUACAGACUGUCUGUUUAAAAGGAAAAAGAGAAAGUUUUAUAUCUAUUUAAAUAUUUAAAAAAAGGAAGAAAAAAAAACGAGAAAUCGGUUUAACCCAUAUCAAACCUGACCCCGAAACGGUGGUAGAUUUCACGAAGCUGCGGUUACAGAGGCUGUUCGAGGAGAGGAAAUCAUAACCCACGCUUUACCAAGUGCUUUUAACUCAUCAAACCGGUUUGUAAUCAGUCCACAUCAGAGAGGGAGGAGUCAGCCGGCGCUGCACUUUUCACGGCAUUAUGCAUUGAUGUCAAAGGAGAAUCGCUUCGAGCGAAAGUCCUAUACGACUAUGCCUUCACAUUGCUCCGUGUCUUUCGGUGAUGUCAUGACAUGCAUAAUGCAUAAUCCCUCUUCUCUUCACGCACACCCCGAUACGAGGGCAAAGGAUGAAUGUCCCGACAUUACAAAACAAAUAUCUUGAGAUUUUUGAGUGGAACAACUAUAGCUCUGUAGUUUAUAUCCAAAAUCUGUAAGGUUGCUUUUCCAGGUGCUCGCGUGUGUAAGACCCACAGCGGCACUGACGCCUGUUUAUGAGCAGGAGAAUGUGAGACUUGUGGAAGAGGACACGAAGUUCUGGUCGUCCUGGGGUCCAUCGUCUACCGAGUGCCAUUGGACAAAUAUAAUGAUCAUGUUUACACUUACCUUAAUGUAUUACAGAACAAGAAACAAAUAAAGAAUUGUAGCCUUUUCAGUUUAA